AUGAGAAUUCACACUGGAGAGAAACGUUACAUCUGUGAACAGUGUGGAAAGAGUUUUACUCAAAAAGUGCACCUUGGAAAACACAUGAGAAUUCACACUGAAGAGAAGCGUUUCACCUGUCAACAGUGUGGAAAGUGCGUUACAACAGAACUAAACCUUAGGAAUCACAUGAGAGUUCACACUAGAGAGAACUCUUUCACCUGCCAACAGUGUGGAAAAAAUUUCAAUCGAAAAAAAAGCCUUGAAGUCCACAUGAGAAUUCACACUGGAGAGAAACCUUACAUUUGCACCCAAUGUGUAAAGUGUUUUGCACAUAAAAACACCUUUAAUUACCACAUGAAGAUUCACAUUCAAGAGAAAUCUUUCACCUGCCGAAAGUGUGGAAAAAGUUUCACUGAUGAACAAAGCCUUGAAGUCCACACGACGGUUCACACGGGAGAGAAACCUUAUACUUGCACUCUGUGUGGAAAGAGUUUCACGCGUAAAAACACCCUUAAUUAUCACAUGAGAAAUCACACUGGAGAGAAGCUGUUCGCAUGUGAUCAGUGUGGAAAGAGGUUCCGUUAUAAAAAUAGUGUCCGCACUCACAUGAGACUCCACACUGGAGAGAGGCCGUACACCUGCAAACUGUGUGGGAAGAGCUUCUCACAAAAAGGCACUCUUAAGAUUCACCUGAGAAUUCACACAGGAGAGAAACCAUUCAAAUGUGUGGAAAAUGACUAACGUGUAAAGAUAACCACAUGAGGAUUCACACGAGAGAGAAGCCAUUCAUAUGUGUGGGCUCGUGCAGUCAUGAAAAACCUGGGAAAGUCAUGGAAAUUUAAAAUGGCAAUUUCCAGGCCAGGAAAAGUUUUGGAAAAAUUAAUAAACCCAGAAAGUUUUGGAAAAGUCGUGGAGGUUUAUUUCUCUUUCCCUGCCAAGCACGGAAUUUUCUGGGUUUCCACGUUCUCGCUGUUAUACGCUCGGGGGCGCUGUUACACAUCUCCUGAACGAGUCCACAAUCACCUGAUCAAAAACACAGGCGAGGAAGA